AUGGACUCCAUGAAGUCCAUCGUCCACCAACUAGCUAGACUUGAACGUAGCAUGGAAGAUCCUAUCAACCUGGAUUGCACCAGUGCAACUCAAGAAGUCGCACUGCCGGAGCUUGAGAUCUAUCAGUCUCACAAGCAACCCUUAACUCAAGAGGCGCGCUUUGAGUUGGUGUUGUAUCAAUCUCACAAGCAAUCCUCAACCCAAGAGGCUGAUGGGAGAAAUGGUCCACCAUCUUGCAACAGCUUUGAGCAUGGAUUACAACCAACUGAGGUUGAACUGAAGAACCCAAGCUCGGCUGUGAAGUCUCAUGAACAUGAUUGGGAGCGCAUUUGCAGCUGCUUUGCAUGGUUGCCCAAACUAGUCAUCCAGAAGAACUCGGAACACUACUUGGAAGACUCAACUCAACUAUAUAUAUAA